AUGUCUGAUAUGUUGGUGAUGAGUUUUGUGCACCCAAGUGAUGACCUGUUUGCAAGAAUUUUAAGUAAGAUGUCUAGUAAACGCAAACGCAAAUGUAUUCCGGAAGCAGGCAACAAGGGAAAGAAGAACAAGGUGGUGGAAAAUGUUGAUCAGGUGCGAAUUGUGCAUAGGUGCGAAAGCAAGUACAUUGUUGAAGUAAACAAUGUACUAAAAGCCACCCACCGUAAGCGGAUUCAGGCAACACCAUUUAGAUGGUGUUUGGAGGUGGACAAUGCAUUGGAAAUAAAUUGUCCUUUGUUGAGGGAAGUGUUGCGUAGAUGGGUUCCACAAGGGGAAUACAUUCGUGUAAGUCAACAUUUGGUGGGGUUAUCGGUUUAUGAUGUUUGUAUAUGCUUAGGUUUUAGUAUGGUUGGUAAAUGUGUUGAAUUUGAUGUUGAUGUAAGUGGGAUAGUAGGUUCACUUUUUGAGAAGAAACCAAUCACCUUGCGAGACAUAAUUAACAAGAUUAAGAACCUAGUGGUUAGUGAUGAUGAUGUAGACAAUGCGUGCAGGACAUCUAGGACAGUGACCAAUAUGCCUUUCAAAGUGUUAGACAACCUUGACAACUUAAGCGACUAUAACUGGGCAGAGUCAGUGCAUAGUUUUUUGAUCUCUGCACUCAAUCAUGGAUGUAAGGUUGUACGAGAAAAGAUAAAUACUCGUAGCCUUAACUUAGCCGGAUCUGUUGUAGUUGUUCAGGUUUGGGCUACUCGUCGUCUUGGCUUAGAAGAUGUAGAGGGGGAGGUUCAAUUCCCAAGAUUUCUGUGGUGGCCCUCCGUGAAGAUUAGGACACCUAAUAUUGAGUCUGCUUUUGAAAAGAAUAAGAUUGUGUUUGGUUGGGCCCUAACUGCAGAGGAGAAGAACAACCCAAUAGUGCAAAAUGUCGUUCAUUUUGAGGUGCAAUAUAAUGUGAAAAAUGAUGGCAUUGAGGGUGUUUCUCAUUCCAAACAGCAAGUGGAUUUGGAAGAAAAAUUUGAAAAACAUGAACGGGUGAUUCUAGACAUGAAAGAACAGAUAAAGAAGAUGCGUGAUGAAUUUUUUGAUGCUCCUGAACCUGACUCCUGUGCAGGUAAAGGAAAUGAUGUUAAUGAAGAAGAUGGAUGUCCUUCUGAGCAAAAGAAGUGUGAUGAAGGCCAGGCUUGUCCUUCACACCGGGAAGAGAGUCCGCAACCUCAUGAGUGUGAGGAAGAUGACCUGAAUGACAAACCAAAAGCCAACCAUAAUGGAGACGACAAAGCUAUUAAGCCUAACACUGACGGUCAAAGUAAUACACUAUUUAUAGAUAAGGCUAAAUUGUAUAAGGAUGUGACUGCUGUUGGUUGUUCCAGAACUAUUUAUGUUGAUUUGAAUGGUGAGAUAUUGAGGAGCGAUGAAUGUCAAUGUUUUCGUCCUCGUGGUUGGAUUGAUAACAUGUCUAUAAUGUUUGCAGCGUACGAGUUCAUGUAUAAACAGAAAAUGUUGACCGGGAAGAUUAGCAGGGUUAUAUUCAAUCCUUUCUAUACAUUGUUUGCCCCAGUCAUUUAUGCUGAACAUUGGUGGUGUUAUGCUUUUAAUUGUAAAACGAAAGAGUUCUUUGUCUUAGAUUCACUUGCACACAAAUGUCGAAGGCGAAAACAGAUUGAUAGUCACAUGGUACAAAAUGUGGAACAUCUCUUUUGGCUAUUCUUAAAUGACAAAAAUAAAUUGAAGCCAACAUUUGAAGUCCAUAUUGAAGACGUUCCUGAACAGCCUAAUUUGCAUGAUUGUGGUAUUAUGGUGUUGAAGUAUCUUGAGAUAUGGGACGACAUCAAAAGAUUUGAUGGGAAAAGCAUGCCAGCUUACACUGAUGAGGAUCUACAACAAUUCAGGCAGCAGUACAUUUGUGACUGGAUUCUUCACCCAUAA